UUGGCUGCUCCUGCAUGCCCCUUACUAGGGAUUGAGCCUGACACCCUGGCAUGUGCACUGACCUGGAUCGACCUACCUCUUGGUGCAUGGGACAACACUCAGCCAACUGAGCCACACCGGCCAGGGCUGUUAUGUUGAUUUUUAAAAUUAAAUUGAAGAAGUAAAAACAUCCACUAAAGUUAGAUUCAACACCUUCUCUUAUACAAAUUAUCUAUUGAUAACUGUUGAUGCCUAGAUGAUGCGGAUGAGGGAGUUCAGUAUAUUAAUACUAUCUCCCUUAUAUAAAUGAUCAAAAAUGUCCAUUAAAAUGAUUUAAAAAACAACACAUAGCUAGUUGUAAGAACAAAACAGUUUGUGCAGCAGCUGCUAUCUAUUCUAAAACAACUACCAAAUAAUAUUUCUAGAGAUGCAUUAGAAAAAGUAUAUAAACAUGCAUGGAAUGAUAUAGACCAGCUUCAGGAGAAUGAUAUCCUGUGGCGAGAGAAAGGAAAGCUAUUUGAGUGAUAUCUAUUUUAAAGAGAAGAGAAGUGAGGCAAUGUGGGGAAAUGUUAACAUAUUGUAGGGGUGUUGUUCAUGGGUGUUUGUUAUAUAACUUUUUGAAUGUGUGAAAUCUUUUAUAAUUUAAAGUUUUACCUAAAAUUAAAAUCAUUGGGAAGAAAUGUACAUCCAUAUUGUUUUAGGGUUUUGGAAAUAAAUGGGAUUUGUCUAUACUUGCUACAUAUUCUAUAAGGAACAGCUUUGACUUUUAUAUUUUAAAACACAAAACACUUGCUUGAAUGACUUAGAGGUAGUAACUAACCAGACAAUCAGAAGAUAACAGGAAGCAGAAGAGAGAAAAAUGUAGAUUCAAUGAGCCUGCCCUCAGCCUGAUUUGCCUACCAAACUCUGGUUCUCAACCUUGGCUGCACAUUAGAAUCACCUGGGAAUCUUUUUAAAAUCCUGAUAUCUGGGCCUCAUCCUCUGGAAAUUCUGUUUCUUUGUUACGAAGGUUGUGGCCCCACCCCAUAACAAAGAAACAGAAUUUCUGGAGGAUGAGGCCCAGAAAUCAGGAUUCUAAAAAGAUUCCCGGGUGAUUCUAAUGUGCAGCCAAGGUUGAGAACCACUGCCUUAAAGUGACUUCCAGUCAACAUAGUCUCCAAUGCAAACCACACUGUUAGUCAGCUGGGGGGAGAGGAGAGGGGAGGGGUCUUGGAGGCCAGGUGAUGCCUUACUUGUGGAGAUGACCUCUGAGACCCAGCUGGAGCCAAAUAAAGACUAAGUCAAGGUCCCAAAGAAGUCCUGGUGAUUGAUGCAGAGCAGGAAGCGCCCUAUGGAGCCUGCAGGCCCUGGUGCCCAGUGUCCAUUGGGCUGGGGGUGGGGUAAUGCCAGAAGGGGCGGGGCUGCACGGAGACCCUAAAAGCGGGCACAGGCUCCGCCUCUGAUUGGAGUUCUGCGAGAGCCGCUCGACCUCGCCCUGAAGCUGCAGCUCCCAGCAUGGUCGACCAGCCCGAUGCUGUGGUCCAGGAGGACCCAUGGAUGUCCGCGCAGGCCCUGGACAGGCUGCUGAAGAUGCCGCUUCCACUGCCACGGAUUCGCACCCGGCCCUGGUGGUUUCCUGCGCUGGAGCUGAGAGACCCAUUGGUGUUUUACCUGGAGGCAUGUCUGGCUGACCCCAUCUUCGGCAAAAACGGAGCCAUGAUUCCGGAAAUAGAGUGGAUGAACCAGGUCCUGCUGACGGUGGAAAAGGUGAACUCCGGGAGCUUAAUCGAAAUCACUGUUUUCGGACAGCCCCGUGUCCAAAAUAGGGUGAAAAGCGUGCUCCUCAGCCUGGCAGCAAGGCACCGGGAGAACCGUGCCCGAGGUGAGAAGAUAAAACAACUUGAGAAGUUCUUGAAGGCCCAUGGGUCACCUCCCCCGACUCCUCAGUCUGCCGGGUCUGGGUCUCCUGUUGCAUGAUAUUGGCAGGAGCAUUAUGAGAACCGACCUGCUCCUGCUCCUGCUCCUGAAGUUAAAAGAAGGAAGUGUCCUUAAAUCUCAGCUUCUUUCUUUCUUUUGCUGGAUGGAUGGGUGGUUUGGUUAUUCUGAUGCAGAUGUGAGUGCUGUUGUAAUAAAAUGAAUUUCCUUUUUGUCCACUGAAAUAAAAAUCUUUGCUCACUUAAAAUUAAGCAGAUUUACAAAAGAUUAACAGUUCAUGCAUGUCUUUUUAAAAAAAAAAAAUUUGUGGGUUUAUUUGAGCCAAACUGGACAGUUGCUGGGAAGCAGAACCUCAAAGAAUUGAGAUAAUGCUUCAGAGAAUGGGGGUUUCUCAUUUUUAUACAUUGUAAUUAAAGGAGGCCAAGUAGGUGAGUUACAUGAAAUCCAUUGGUGAUAGAUUAGAGAGGCGGGAGAAAGCAAAAGGGAAACCUCUGGGAUUGGAUAAAAAGUAAAAUGAUAGACACACACUUAGGUGGGUGGAGGAAUAAUUAACAUGAUAACAAUGAAGGAAUUUGUGGUAUCUGUCCUGGAGUCCAGGCACAUUAGGUUGUGCCCCAAGGGGUCUGGAAAAAGGGAAGUUACAAGUUACCCAGACAUUUCAAGGAUAUGUUAUCAGAGAUGCAAAAAGACAGAUAGGUUCAGUUAAGGUAAAGGUUGACCUUGUCAGUGAAGACACCUGUCUAGGAGGUGACCACCCACCAUUACUGCUUUCAGUUAAAGUUUAAUUUCAGACCAUCCUUUGUAGUUACUUUGUCUUUGAGUUUGCAAGAUAGUCAUGCAGGCCU